CAGUCAGACAUUCAGAGGGACUUGACUCUCCUUUUGAAGCCUGCUCAUCCUCAGCCCUCCGCCGCUCACACACUCUCUUUUUGAGUUUUCAACUUUUGAAAACAACUUUUUUUUCUGCAAACAUGAAGAAAACCGUUCACACCUUCUCCGCCACAUCCACAGGCUCAAUGCCACGACGCUCCACUUCUGUUAGUUUGAGCAAUAGUAGGUACGGUAGUUAUGGCAAUGUUGGUGGUGGUGCCAGUUAUGCCAUUGGUGGCAGCGUCAGGCAGUCCGCAGCACCAUCUGUGGCAUUUGCUUCAUUUGGUAGAGGUGGAUAUGACCCGAUAACGCCUACUAUCACAGCUGUCACUGUCAACUCAAGCCUGCUGGCCCCCCUGAACCUGGAGAUUGACCCCACUAUCCAGGCUGUCCGCACCCAGGAGAAGGAGCAGAUCAAGACCCUCAACAACCGCUUCGCCUCCUUCAUCGACAAGGUGCGCUUCCUGGAGCAGCAGAACAAGAUGCUUGAGACCAAGUGGAGCCUUCUGCAGGAUCAGACCACCACCCGGUCCAACAUUGAGGGCAUGUUUGAGGCCUACAUUGCCAACCUGCGCAGACAGCUUGACGGGCUUGGCAAUGAGAAGAUCAAGCUGGAGGGAGAGCUGAGGAACAUGCAGGGCCUGGUUGAGGACUUCAAGAGAAAGUAUGAGGACGAAAUCAACAAGCGUGCAUCUGUGGAGAACGAGUUUGUGCUGCUGAAGAAGGAUGUUGAUGGUGCCUACAUGAACAAGGUGGAGCUGGAAGCCAAGGUUGAUGCUCUUCAGGAUGAGAUCAACUUCCUCAGGGCUGUCUAUGAGGCUGAGCUGCGUGAGCUGCAGGGACAGAUCAAGGACACCUCAGUCAUUGUGGAGAUGGACAACAGCCGCAACCUUGACAUGGAUGCUAUUGUGGCUGAAGUGCGCGCUCAGUAUGAGGACAUUGCCAACCGCAGCAGAGCUGAGGCAGAGACUUGGUAUAAGCAGAAGUAUGAGGAGAUGCAGAGCUCAGCUGGACAGUAUGGUGAGGACCUGCGCUCUACCAAGGCUGAGAUUGCUGAACUGAACCGCAUGAUUGCCCGUCUUCAGAAUGAGAUCGAGGCUGUCAAGGGACAGAGGGCUAACCUUGAGGCUCAGAUCGCAGAGGCCGAGGAGCGUGGUGAGCUGGCAGUGAAGGACGCCAAGCUCCGCAUCAGGGAGCUGGAGGAGGCUCUUCAGAGAGCCAAGCAGGACAUGGCCCGCCAGGUGCGCGAGUACCAGGAGCUGAUGAACGUGAAGCUGGCACUGGACAUUGAGAUUGCCACCUACAGAAAACUGCUGGAGGGAGAGGAGACCAGACUGUCCAGUGGUGGCGCUGCCGCAACCAUCCAUGUGCAGCAGUCCUCUGGAGGUGGUGGAUUGUCCAGCGCUAGCUCCAGCGGCCAGUUUGGCUAUGGUGGCGGCAUGAGUGGAAGCGGAGGUGCCAUUGUGACCAAGUCCUACUCUUCGACCUCAAGGCGCAUGCUUUAAAAAGGAGAGCCUAUUCCCAUUCUGAAAUGCUUUAAUUUGAUCUAAAUCUGGACCCUUUCAUGGUGCUAUCAAAUACUGAUAAACAUGUUCAAUGUCAGGGCUGAAUAUCUAAUGAUCUGAUGGCACAAAGAAUUCUUGAUAUAAUGUCAGAAAAAAAAUGUUAGUAGAUUUUGUUACACUGCCAACACUUUCAAGGAUCAUUAGGUGCUCUCCCAUAUUACACUGUUUAACAGUAUUGAAGAGAAGAAUCUGCUGGUAAAUGUGGCCUUAAAACACUAAGUCAGUGAAGCACAAAUUGUUCUUUCUGCACUGACAUAGAGGGGAUACAAGAAAACAAAACAAAACAAACAAACAAACAUACAAACAAAACACAAAGGUCUUGAGAAAAUGUUAAAACUAGCCAUUGAAAACAUUGCAAAACACUUUGCUCUAUCAUGUCAAGAUAUAUUCUACAUGUAACACACUGAAUAAACUGUUCUGAAAUCAGAUUCACAAACCACUAGGGUUGAUUUUAUAUUGCCCAAUGGUUUAUGUCUAAUGGGAAGAAUAAAAUUCAUCUUCUAUUAAAGUGCCAUAUUGAGAGGGGCAAGUCUUUGGCCAAAUUUGGUUCUUGAAGAAAAAAAAAAAGAAUAAGAAUAAGAAAAAAAAGAAACAGUUUCUAUAUCCAAAGCUUUAUUUUAUUCUUAUUUUUUUUUAUUAACUGCCGGGUGCUUACUGUUAUCUGAUUGGUUAACAACUUGUUCCUUCCAGUGUUCUGUCAAAUGUUUUCCUGCUUAGUUUAGCUUUUUCUUGACAUGAAACUACAAGUACACUGGAACCAGAUUUAUUUGUAAAUGUCCUGUUAGCAAAAUGUCUGAUGGAUGUUGUGUAAACAGACCACAAAAAUUGAAUAAAAUAAAUCUGAGAACUCAA